ACGCACAACCGGGUUGGCUACUAACUGCGUAUCGCAACCUGGCAGUAAGUCGUCAGUGCACCGGCAUUGAAUGCAACACGGGGGCCCCAUCAUUUUUUUUCCUGUUAUAGAAGGAGGGAGAAGGGGGACUCUAUGUGACUCUUCUCCCCGCCCCCAGUCAGUAUGAGGUGGAUUUACGAAGAAAGGGAUCUAAACCUGGGACGCGGAGAUAUGGAAAGACCACAAUAAAGAGAUACACAUCUGAGAUCCGCGCGCUGCGGUAUUGCGCACGGAUUAUUAUAAGAUGUUUUCUUUUUCUGUCAUGAAGGAGAUUCUUGCGUGGAGCGUCUAAUCUGGGGGAAGGAGUACAAACGCACGGGGAUUAAAGGAGUAUGUUGUACUCUCUCCCUCCGUUAAUCGACCGUUCUGCCGCCCGAGAAGCAGGAUUGCUGCGUUUUUUUCCCUACUAUCUGGUAAAAGUAACUGUUUUCUGAGAGAAUACGACCGCUUACCACAAAGAAAACGGAUUUAUAAAGCUGUCCCCCGUAAAGCAACCAGGGGGUAGUCUCAGAAACGCUUCUCACACCGGUCGAAGUGCCAAGCUAUCCUGCGUGAAGACCCCAACCUUCCCUGCGCAAUUGGGCCUCGGCGUUCCGGCCAGGUCAAGGAUCAGCCUCACCCCACCCCUCCCUGCCCCCUUCCCUACUGGAGCCAAGAUGGCCACCAGUGGUGCCCCUCGCUUCUCUUUGCCACUGCUACUGCCUGUCACCACUCUGCUGCUAUCACUGCUGCUCGCUGGAUCCCACGCCUUAUCAGCACCGAGGUUCACUAAAGUUCCCGUUGACCAGAUUGGUGUUUCAGGGGGCGUGGUGUCCUUUGUCUGCCAAGCGACGGGCGACCCCAAGCCAAGGGUUAGCUGGAACAAGAAAGGCAAGAAGGUUAACUCGCAGCGCAUAGAGACCAUUGAGUUCGAUGAGGGUGCCGGCGCCGUACUCAGAAUCCAGCCUCUCCGAGCGCCACGUGAUGAGAACAUCUACGAAUGUGUGGCUGAGAACAGCGAGGGCGAGAUCACUGUGAAUGCCAAGCUGUCCAUCAUCCGAGAGGACCUACUCCCACCAGGCUUCCCUAACAUUGACAUGGGCCCUCAACUAAAAGUGGUGGAGCGCACUCGAACAGCCACCAUGCUUUGUGCCGCCAGUGGCAACCCUGACCCAGAAAUCACCUGGUACAAAGAUUUCCUGCCCAUUGACCCCAGUGCAAGUAAUGGGCGAAUCAAACAGCUGCGAUCAGAAACCUUUGGUAAGUGCCUUGCAAGCCCAACAGGCCCACCCACUGUCUUUAAAGCAGAGGGUACCCCGAUUCGAGGUGCCUUGCAGAUUGAAAACAGCGAGGAGACAGACCAGGGGAAGUACGAGUGCGUGGCGUCUAAUGUGGAAGGCGUACGCUACUCGUCCCCUGCUAACCUUUAUGUGCGAGAGCUUCGAGAAGUCCGACGGGUGCCUCCUCGGUUCUCCAUUCCACCCACAAGUCAGGAAAUUAUGCCUGGUGGCAGUGUGAACAUAACGUGCGUGGCAGUGGGGUCACCCAUGCCUUACGUCAAGUGGACGCUGAACUCAGAGGACUUGACACCAGAGGAUGAAAUGCCAGUGGGCAGGAAUGUUCUCGAACUGAGCAGCGUUCGGGAAUCGGCCAACUACACCUGUGUAGCCAUGAGCAGCCUUGGCAUCAUUGAAGCUGUGGCACAGAUCACUGUCAAAUCUCUCCCCAAGCCUCCAGGUACCCCUGUGGUUACUGAAACAACUGCCACCAGUGUGACUAUCACUUGGGACUCAGGCAACCCAGACCCUGUGACCCACUACAUCAUCCAGUAUAGGGCUAAGUCCCCUGACAGCAAGUAUGAGACAGUGGAUGACAUUACCACAACACGUUACAGCAUUGGUGGCCUCUACCCCAACACAGAAUAUGAGAUCCGAGUCUCAGCCGUCAAUACAAUUGGCCAGGGUCCUCCCAGUGAGCCAGUAGAAACCCGGACUGGAGAACAAGCCCCUGCUAGUCCACCACGAAAUGUUCAGGCCCAGAUCAUUUCCCAAAACACCAUGAUGGUGCGUUGGGAGGAGCCAGAGGAGCCCAAUGGGCAGAUUAAGGGCUACCGUGUUUAUUACACCAUGGAUGACUCCCAGCCCAUGAGCCUCUGGCAGAUCCAUAAUGUCCAGGACAGCAUCAUCACAACUAUACAGAGCCUGGUUCCUCAUGAGACAUACACAAUCAAAGUCCUAGCAUUCACCUCUGUGGGAGAUGGACCCUUCUCAGAACCUAUUCAUGUUAAAGUACUGCAAGGAGUUCCAAGUCAGCCAGCCAAAUUCCAGGUUGGUGCUGUGUCCGACACGAGCAUUGAACUGACCUGGGAACCUGCCUAUGACAAAGAAGGAAUUAUAAGUUAUGAACUUCGUUACAAGGAAGGCGGUACCCAGAUGAAGAAAAUGUUUGGACCUACAUCUUCAUAUGUUGUGGAAGGUCUCCGCCCAAACACAGACUACCUCUUCUCCCUGGCAGCCAUCUCUAACAAAGGCAUCGGCGCAUUCACAAAUGACAUAUCACAGAAGACCUUGCAAUCCAAGCCCUCAGCCCCCCCUCAAGACAUUAAGUGCAGCAGCACCAGCUCCACCACCCUGCUGGUAAGUUGGCAGCCCCCACCUUUGAAGAGUCAGAACGGUGUCCUGGUGGGGUACAGGGUGCGCUACCAUGUGGUGGGCCCAUCAGAAGGCGGCAGUGAUGAUGGGGAACCCACGGAGGAGCCGACGGUGCCUGCCACUGAAGAGCAGGUGCUGCUGCAGCGACUGGAGAAGUGGACUCAGUACCGUGUCACUGUGUCAGCUUUCACUAUGAUUGGGCCAGGACCUGAGAGUGAACCCCUGAUCUGCCGCACAGACGAAGAUGUUCCUGGGGCUCCUCCAAGGCGGGUAGAGGUGGAGGUUCUCAACUCCACAGCACUAAAGGUGAUGUGGCGCUCCCUGACACCAGGCAAGCAGCACGGUCAGAUCCGUGGUUACCAAGUUCAUUAUGUACGCGUGGAAAACGGCGAGUCAAGAGGCCUGCCCCUCAUCAAGGAUGUCAUGCUAGCUGAUGCCCAGUGGGAAAUGGACGAUACAGCUGAAUAUGAAAUGGUCAUUGGAGGACUCAAGCCAGACACGACUUACUCCAUCACGGUGGCAGCGUACACCACCAAAGGGGAUGGAGCCCGGAGCAAACCCAAACUGGUGGUGACCAAAGGGGCAGUGCCUGGUCCACCCUACCUGUCAGUGGCUCAGGACUCACAAACAUCAGCUGUGGUUCGCUGGGACCCUCCAAACCUGACCAAUGGCAUGGACCUACAAGGUUACCGGCUCCAGUUUGGCCGUAAUGAUGUCUCUCCUUUGGCCACACUGGAAUUUGCUCCCCAAGAACGACAGUACUCUGUGGGCAACAUUCACCGAGGGGCCAUUUAUCUCUUUAAAAUCUCAGCCAAGAGCAGGGGGGGCUUUGGGGAAGAGGCUGUGGUGGAACUCACUGUACCCGAGAAUACACCAGGGGGAUAUCCUCAAAUUAACGAGGGCUCCAAUGUGACAUGCUGCUCAGUGCAGCUGUCCUGGUCUCCACCAGUGUUGGCAGAGAGGAAUGGGGUAAUCACAGAGUACACAUUGGCCUAUAAAGAAGCUGGUUCUGGAGGAGCACCACGGGAGCUCCGCUUGCCCCCCAACCUAUCCAGCUUUGUGCUCAACAGCCUCAAACCGGAUGCCGCAUACGAUGUGAAAAUACGUGCACACACCAGUGUAGGUCCAGGGCCCUACAGCCCGCCUAUCCAGUAUCGGACAGUGGCCUAUGAUCCAACAGAUGUCCCAAAGAAUUUCACUGUCAAGUGGGCUACCAAGACCACAGUGGUCCUUGCAUGGAAGUUUUCUGAAAGCAGGUCUCCAUACAAGUGCACAAUUGAGUACAACCGUCUGAAGAUGGACGUGGAUGCCAGGCAGAUGAGGGUGCUCGUCACUGGGUUAAGGCACAACACCACCUACGAGUUCGGGGUGACCUGCCAAGAAAGCAUGGACGGUGGGCAAAGACACCGUGUGGUGGCCAGGACCGCACCACUCAUUCUGGUCAAGAAACCAAAGCUGGACAUCUACGCUGAGCCUGACAAUGUGCUCACCAUGUCCUUUCCACCAAUUGAAACCAAGGAUGUCAAGAACUUCUAUGUGGUAGUGGUGCCACUUAGGAGGACCUCAGGAACUGUUAAAAACUUAAAGAACCCCGAUGAGAUGGACAUGGAAGAGCUGUUACGAGAGGUAACUCCCAAGCGUCGUUCACGCCGUCAGCUGGCUCAGCUGGACCAGAGGAAGCCAUACAUCACAGCCUGCUUCAGGCAGCUGCCGUCCAGCUUCACUGUGGGAUCUGACCACCGCCACAGCAGCUGUGAGAACAAGCCUCUUGAACCUAGCCAGGAGUAUGUCUUUUUCCUGCUGGCUGAACUCAAUGUCACUGCCGGGAAAAUGUUUGCUACCAGUCCUUAUACUGACACAGUGAUGACUCCUGAGCUAGUGGUGGACCCCCUGCCAGUAGAGACCGGUGACGGACUCAUAUGGGUGGUGGGCCCAGUCCUGGCUGUGGUCUUCAUCAUCUGCAUUGUCAUCGCCAUUCUGCUGUAUAAAAACAAACCUGACAGUCGCAAAAGAAAAGAGUCGGAGCCACGUACCAAGUGUCUACUGAACAACGCAGACAUUACCCCCCACCACCCUACAGACCCUGUGGAGAUGAGACGCAUCAACUUCCAAACUCCAGAUUCUGGUCUAAGCAGUCCUCAGAGUGAAGCCGAUUUUGACUAUGAAAGUAUGAUGAAUCAUCCUCCCAUCCCUAUCUCAGAGCUGGCUGAACACACAGAGCUUCUCAAGGCAAAUGACAAUCUCAAGCUCUCACAGGAGUAUGAGUCUAUUGAUCCAGGCCAGCAGUUCACUUGGGAGCACUCCAACCUGGAGGUGAACAAACCCAAAAAUCGUUAUGCCAAUGUCAUUGCCUACGACCACUCCCGUGUCAUCCUGGCUCCCAUUGAGGGUAUCACAGGUAGUGACUAUAUCAAUGCCAACUACAUUGAUGGCUACAGGAAGCAGAAUGCCUACAUUGCCACCCAGGGUCCAUUACCAGAGACAUUUGGGGACUUUUGGAGGAUGGUGUGGGAACAGAGAGCGGCCACUGUGGUUAUGAUGACCAGGCUGGAGGAAAAGUCACGGAUUAAGUGUGAUCAGUACUGGCCCAGUCGUGGCACAGAAACCUAUGGUAUGACCCAGGUGACACUCUUGGACACAAUAGAAUUGGCCACUUUCUGUGUCCGCACUUUUUCCUUGCACAAGAAUGGCUCUAGUGAGAAGCGGGAGGUUCGUCAGUUUCAGUUCACAGCGUGGCCUGACCAUGGCGUACCAGAGUACCCAACCCCCUUCUUGGCCUUCCUCCGUAGGGUCAAGACCUGCAACCCGCCUGAUGCUGGACCCAUCAUUGCCCACUGCAGUGCGGGUGUGGGCCGGACAGGCUGCUUCAUCGUCAUCGAUGCCAUGCUUGAGCGUAUAAAGCACGAGAAGACGGUCGACAUUUACGGCCAUGUGACACUGAUGCGCUCACAGCGGAACUAUAUGGUGCAGACAGAGGAUCAGUACAGCUUCAUUCAUGAUGCGCUGCUGGAGGCAGUAGCCUGCGGCAACACUGAAGUGGCUGCCCGAAGCCUCUAUUCCUACAUCCAGAAGCUGGCCCAGGUGGAGAGCGGUGAGCACGUCACUGGCAUGGAGCUAGAGUUCAAGCGUUUGGCCAACUCCAAAGCCCACACAUCGCGUUUCAUCAGUGCCAACCUUCCCUGCAACAAGUUCAAGAAUCGGCUUGUCAACAUCAUGCCCUACGAGACCACACGUGUCUGCCUGCAGCCAAUCAGAGGCCUGGAAGGAUCUGACUACAUCAAUGCCAGCUUCAUUGAUGGAUACAGGCAACAGAAAGCCUACAUCGCCACGCAGGGCCCUCUGGCAGAGACUACAGAAGACUUCUGGAGAAUGCUCUGGGAGAACAACUCUACUAUUGUAGUCAUGUUGACCAAACUGAGAGAGAUGGGUCGGGAAAAGUGUCAUCAAUACUGGCCAGCGGAGCGCUCUGCCAGGUAUCAGUACUUUGUGGUGGAUCCCAUGGCUGAGUACAAUAUGCCCCAGUACAUCCUUCGAGAGUUCAAGGUCACAGACGCCAGGGAUGGCCAAUCCAGGACAGUAAGGCAGUUCCAGUUUACUGAUUGGCCAGAGCAAGGCGUGCCAAAAUCUGGGGAGGGAUUUAUUGAUUUUAUUGGCCAGGUGCAUAAAACCAAGGAGCAGUUUGGGCAAGAUGGGCCAAUCUCUGUCCACUGCAGUGCUGGUGUGGGCAGGACCGGUGUCUUCAUCACCCUCAGUAUUGUCCUGGAGAGAAUGCGCUAUGAAGGUGUGGUUGAUAUCUUCCAGACAGUAAAGAUGCUCCGGACACAGAGGCCAGCCAUGGUGCAGACUGAGGAUGAGUACCAGUUCUGCUAUCAUGCCGCCCUGGAGUACUUAGGAAGCUUUGAUCACUAUGCAACGUAAAAAGCCAUCUCUUUGCCCCAGAAUCCUGUCGCUCCCCUCAACAGUCUCCUGAGCCAUAGAAACUUUGAAAUUUGAAACAACAACAGCAGAUGAUGACGAUAACAACACUGCUAAUUCAGACACGCCAAACAGUAUCAUAAUGUAGAUUUUUAGAAAACGCCUAACCGACCAGUUUAGAGUUUAAUUCCAGUUCAAGAAAUUGGAAGUCAGGAAAACUGCCCAUCAUCAAGAAAAGAAAAUCAUAAUCAGGAGAGGAAACGGAAGCUGUGGCUCAAGCUGUAGGACGGGAAUCGAUCAAAGUGUCCAACUGCUUACCUUACCUCAAGUGUUUCAAUAUGGGAGGACAUUGUAAACAUUCGUGGACAUUUCUCUUCUCAAAAAUAUAUUUGUGACACAAUGGCAACAAACUACAGAUAAUGAAGGAAAAGGCAACAGCAAAAAUCAAUGAGGCCGAUGGAUGUAGCCAAGACGGGGUGACUUCAUGGUUGUUGUUUUUUUUUUUGUUUUUUUUAUGUCUGGGUAUUUCUAUCAACACGUGAGUGAUAUCAAGAGAAGUCAGAGAAAUGGCCAAAUUGUGGUUGCCUGUUUUCCCCCAAACUCUGGUCACCCCAAAAAGACAAGACAAAAAUCAACCAAAAGAGUGGGAACCUAACAAGCAUGAGAACACUCCCAUCUGGCAUUAAAUAAAUAUUCAGUUUUGCACUGUUCCACUAAUGAUAUCCAUUACAUCUGUGGGGAACCACUCACCUUUCACAGUAUGCUUUACAUAACUGGCUCUUCUCAAGCAGUAAGAGUUUACUGAAGGCGCUGUUGGUGGUUGUUGGGAGGAAAGCAGCAACACAUAUCUUAAAAUCAGUACCUUCAUGAGCUUGUGCAAAAUCAGUAUCUCAAGCCAGGCAACCACAGUGGUGUUGACAAGCACCACAAUGUAUUACCAAUAAAAAGUCCCCCUGGAAGCUCACGUCUCAGUCACCACAGAAUUUGGAGCAAACCUCGCUGCUGGAAGAAGUUCCAGCUGGGUCAUCUUGCAGACGGUCAAGGUGGGAGAAAUGGAGACUGUAUCCCAUGAUUUUUUACAGUCACUCCUCUCUUUGCAACAAUUGCAUCAUGGGGCUUCAGUAUUAACAUUCGCCAUUUUGAAAAAGGGGUGAAUCUGAUGGGCAAGAAGCAUUGGAACAAAUGGAACAACCAAACAAGGAUUGCCACAAAGUUUGGACUUUCUCUGUGUACAGUGACCAGUGCUCAUCAAUAUCGUUUGGAACUUUUUUUGUGUUAUGAGGAACCCUUUUUUUGUUGUUUUUUUUCUGUCAAAACCAAACAUGCUGCUGAUAUUGUGUAUGCUGUAUGUGUGACUCUUGAGAGAGAGGAAACUGAUGAACAAAAGAUGCCAGCUCUGCUAACCGCUCGCACCCAGGCAGGCAUGACUGAAUGCGCAUCCACAGUAUAAAUCAUCCACUGGUCUUUUCUACCUUUCCUUUUUUUCCCCCUAGUCUCCUCUAUAAUCAUCAUUGUGUAAGACACUCAAGAGUGGCAGAGGCCUGUUACAAUUACAGUUCAUGUGAUUGAAAAAUUGGCCUUUAUUUCCACACAGUGUACAUGCAUUGAAUUUGUCCUCAGUUUUAGAGAUGAUGUUUCCACGGGUAACAGCCAGACCAGGCAGCCAUGUUGGAUUUCAGUGAAAAUCUUUAGUACACAUAACCCCACAAAUAACUGCAGGUUGACGCCCUGAUGUUUAUGCGUCUAAUAAAAAUCAAGCUUCUGAAAUGAUUGGGUUUUCAUUUUGAGAUCGGUGCUUUGUAAACGCGAGUGUGCAAACCCUGCAACGUUUUUCGGUGGGUGUGCACAAAAAACCAGACCGAUGGAAAGAACUGUGUGUAAUCUUUUCUUAUUUCCAAAAAAGCCUUACUGUCAUUGUAACAUUAUGAAAACAUUAAUGUUGUAUUAUGACAACUUACUUUGCAUUACAUAGUUGACUUCUUAAUUUCUUUUUUGUUUAGUUUUUUAACAGAGAUGUAUCACAUUUUUUAAAAUUAGCAGGAAAAAGAUCCAAAUGCUUAUUUGUUCAUAU